AUGGAAGACAGAAACAAAACCUUUGUGACAGAAUUCAUCCUUUUAGCUUUCUCAGAGUUCCAUCAGUAUCAGAUUUUACUUUUUACUGUUGUCUUAUUUGCGUACAUUGCUUGUAUUACUGGAAAUAUGACUAUAAUUCUGAUGAUUAUAGUGGAACAGUCUCUCCAUGUGCCCAUGUAUUAUUUUAUUAGCAUAUUUGCUGCUGAAGAAAUCUUAAUGGUUUCUAUUGUAAUUCCAAAGCUUUUAGCUAUCCUUAUGGCAGGUAAUCAGAAGAUAUCUUUUAUAAAUUGCUUUGUACAGCUAUAUAUAUUUAUUACCUUGGGGCAAGUGGUAAGUAUAUGCAUCAUGAUAAUGGCCUAUGAUAGACACUUGGCCAUUAACAAGCCAUUGCAUUAUACAGUUAUUAUGAAUCAAACCCUCUGUAUAGGGCUGGUGAUUCUUCCAUGGAUUUUUAGCUUGUCUAGCUCUUUAAUUGUGACACUGUUUACAAUGUUUUUGGAUUUUUGUGGCCCUAAUAAGGUCAACAAUUUCUUCUGUGAAGUUUGUCCAUUGCAGAGUCUGGCAUGUUCAGAUACAUAUAUCAUCAAUACAGUGACAACCACCGCUGCUGCCAUAGCAACUGUCCUCCCAUUCAUUAUAAUUGUUGGGCUCUAUACCAAAAUCAUUAUGACUGUUUUCAAGAUAAAGAGUUCUUUGGGUAAACAGAAAGCGUUCUCCACAUGUUCAUCUCAUCUAAUAGUUGCCAUGUUAUUUUUCAUGACUGUCUUUAUUAUCUAUCUUACUCCUUAUGACAGCCAACGUGAUAAAUAUUAUUCUCUCAUUUACUUUCUCAUUAACCCGGUAGUCAACCCUUUUAUAUAUGCAUUAAGGAAUAGGGAUGUGAGAAAUAUUCUAAAGAAAUAUCUUAAAUUUCAAACCAAACUUGAACAUUAA